AGCGGAGCUGCGCAUGCGCCGCCUGCCCCAGUGGCGUAUCGUUCCAUCACGACUCGCCGCUGGGCGGAGUCCCGAGCUGGCCGAGGGGGCCGGCUGCCAGAGUGGACAUGGCGGACGGCCCCACUGGGGCGGUGCUGGCCCUCCUGGGGGUGCUCAGUGUCUAUGCAGCCAGCGGCUCUGGGCCCGUGGUGGAGAAGGAAACCGGCGGGGAGGCGGAGUGGGUGGAACCAUGGGAUGGCGCGGUUUUUCGGCCGCCAUCCGCGCUGGGCGCGGUGGGGAUGACGCGCAGCCCCAGGACCCCGCGGCCAGGGAGGGAGGAGGCAGGGGACUUGCCAGUGCUGUUGUGGUGGAGCCCAGGCCUGUUCCCUCACUUCCCAGGAGACUCGGAGCGCAUCGACUGUGCGCGCGGCGCGUGCGUGGCGUCCCGGAACCGCCGAGCGCUGAGGGACUCGCGGACGCGCGCGCUGCUCUUCUACGGCACCGACUUCCGCGCGUCUGACGCGCCGCUGCCGCGCCUGGCACACCAGAGCUGGGCGCUCCUGCACGAGGAGUCGCCCCUUAACAACUUCUUGUUGAGCCACGGCCCGGGCAUCCGCCUCUUCAAUCUUACCUCCACUUUCAGUCGCCACUCAGACUACCCGCUGUCACUGCAGUGGCUCCCCGGGACCGCCUAUCUGCGCCGCCCGGUGCCUCCGCUCCAAGAACGCGCGGAGUGGCGCCGCCGUGGCUACGCGCCGCUGCUCUAUUUGCAGUCCCACUGCGACGUGCCCGCGGACCGGGACCGCUACGUGCGCGAGCUCAUGCGCCACAUCCCGGUAGACUCCUACGGGAAAUGCCUGCAGAAUCGGGAGCUGCCCACCGCGCGGCUGCAGGACACAGCCACGGCUACCACCGAGGAUCCAGAGCUCUUGGCCUUCUUGUCCCGCUAUAAGUUCCACUUGGCCCUGGAAAAUGCUAUCUGUAACGACUACAUGACAGAAAAACUGUGGCGUCCCAUGCAUCUGGGCGCUGUGCCUGUGUACCGCGGCUCUCCCUCUGUGAGAGACUGGAUGCCGAACAAUCAUUCCAUCAUCCUGAUUGAUGAUUUUGAGUCUCCUCAGAAGCUGGCAGAGUUUAUUGACUUUCUGGACAAGAAUGAUGAGGAAUAUAUGAAAUACCUGGCAUACAAGCAACCUGGGGGCAUCACCAACCAAUUCCUUCUGGAUAGUCUGAAGCAUCGGGAGUGGGGAUUGAAUGAUCCUUUGCUGCCUAACUACCUCAACGGCUUCGAGUGUUUCGUCUGUGACCAUGAACUGGCUCGACUGGAUGCCGAGAAAGCCCACGCGGCCUCUCCCGGCGACAGUCCCAUCCCUGAGCCCCACAUUGCCCAACCCUCACACAUGGACUGCCCAAUGCCCACACCUGGUUUUGGCAAUGUGGAAGAGAUUCCUGAGAACGACAGUUGGAAAGAGAUGUGGCUGCAAGAUUACUGGCAAGGUCUGGACCAGGGAGAAGCUCUCACUGCCAUGAUCCACAACAAUGAAACACAGCAGAGGAGAUUUUGGGAUUACCUACAUGAAAUCUUCAUGAAAAGGCAACAUCUCUAAGUGCCCUUGCAAGAGCGUUUAACUUGGUGGAGCUAAGGGGAUUUUAUUCUACCGUAGGACAUAAGGAGCAUCCACCUCACAAACCCUUAAUGGACACUGUCUUUUCAUGGAUUCAAGGAAUCCUAGUUUUAUCUAUUAAGAUUUUAUCUUAAUGAUGAGUAGCCAAGGUCUAACAUAGGGCUUCUCCUCAAGGAGAGAUAAAGACAUACAAUUCUUGGUUCAUUGGGAAAUAGAAGCUUAAAACAUCCAUUUGAUUCAAG